CUCUCGCUGUCAUUCGGCCACGGUCGGUUCCGAGAGAGAGAGAGAGAGGGGGAGAGAUAGAGAGAGAGAGAGAGAGAAAGAAAGAGAGAGAGAGAGAGAGAGAGAGAGAGAGGCAGCCAAGAAGCACACAGGAAUCGGCUGGCUCUGUUGGGAAAGACAGUUAGCGAGAAAACAAAAAAGAGAAUAAUACCGAAAUCAUACGAACAAUGAAACCGAUCGAGUAAGGCUUGUGGACGAAUAUAUUUCACACAUUGCCACGCUAACAAAGCUGUUUGAUGAUACAGUGCAGAUUAGAGGCAGCAGAGACAGAGCUGUGUCAUUGAGCAGGCAGGACACGUCAGGAGAAGGGAGAGAGAGAGAGAGAAAAAAAGCUGACCGACUGCACUGUACGAGUCAGCUAUCAAAUCGCCCUCUGAAAAGCUUUUGCCUGCCCUACACAUCUUUUUCAAGGACACCACCUUGCUCUCCACCCGAGGGAAGGAUCUCGACAAAAGACAUCGCCUAGGUCGAAGGUGGUGAUCAGAAGGACCAAACGAUCACGGGAUAGCAUUUGUGUGUGGGGGGAGAAAACAAAUGGGGGAUUACGGGUUUGGAGUCCUAGUUCAAAACAACACUGGCAACAAGUCCGCAUUCCCGGUCCGAAUCCACCCGCAUCUGCAGCCCCCACACCACCACCAAAAUGUGUCGCAGAGCCCUGCUGCUUUCAUAAACAGCACCACAGCCGCAGGGAAUGGCACCACGGGAGGCUCUCCCUGGCUCUUCCCUGCCUCUGCCACCCACAGCAGCGUGCAAGACGAAAUCCUUGGGGGCCCAGAGAAGCCCAAAGCACAGCAGCAACAGGAAAUGCAAGAAACGCAAGAAAAGCAGCAGCAGCAGUUGUCCCCUGGGAGUCACCAGGAGGGUGGAAGUGGUAGUGGGAUCAUUUCAGAACUGGAAAAAGCCCGGUCAGAGGAAGGCAAGACAGACAACGGCACGUCUGAAGGAAGUAAUGGAAAGGAGAAGCAGCUACGUCUUGAGUCUCCAGUCCUGACAGGCUUCGAUUACCAGGAGACGUCUGGUCUCGGGGGAACUGGGCCAGUCCAGUCCAGUACGACCUCGUCAUCACUCACUGGCUUCAACAACUGGUCGGCUGCCAUCCCACCGGCGCCAUCAACCAUCAUCAAUGAGGACGUCAGCUUCUUCAACCCGGCUUCUGCCAACAACGGGCCCUUGCUGUUCCAGAACUUCUCACACCAUGUCAGUCCAGGGUUUGGUGGGAACUUCUCCCCCCAGAUAGGACCGGCGGCGGCCUUGUCCCAGCACCACCCGGCUCCCCCGCCACACCCCCACUUCCAACACCCCCACAACCAACACCAACAGCAUCGGCGCUCCCCUGCCUCUCCACACCCUCCACCGCCCUUUCCGCACAGGAAUCCGGCCUUCAGCCAGUUGCCGCAUUUGUCCAACAGCCUGAACAAGCCCCCGUCCCCCUGGGGUCCAGCCAGCUAUCAGAGCCCCUCUCCCUCCCCCGGCUCCUCCACCUCUUGGAGUCCUGGAGGAGGCUAUGGCAGUGGUGGCGGCGGCUGGGGAGGCUCUCAGGGCAGAGAUUAUCGCCGAGGGCUGAACGGCGGGAUGACCCCCAUCAACUCUAUCUCUCCACUGAAGAAGACCUUCCCCAACAACCACGUGGCAUCCCAGAAGUACCCUCGAAACAGUCCCGCAGGCUUCAACCCCAAGUCCUGGAUGGAUGAUGGAGUCGGCCGCAGUGAUAACAUCUUCCCCUUCCAGGAACGUACCAGGUCAUUUGACAGCUUCAACAUGAACACUCUGGAGAGCUCCCUGAUCGACAUCAUGAGGGCUGAGCAGGACACUCUGAAAGGUCGCCUGGGGUUCCCCCAUCCAGGAGGGGACAACCCGCUGCCCCUCAAUGGCCAUUCCUCUCUCUUCCCCAUGGAGGACGGUUUCCCUGAUGACGAGCGUGGUGAUCAGGGCCUCGCAGGCCUGGGAUCUCCACACUGCUUUCCGCACCAGAAUGGAGAGCGUGUUGAACGCUACUCACGCAAGGUCUUUGUGGGAGGGCUGCCCCCAGAUAUAGAUGAAGAUGAGAUAACAGCCAGUUUCCGGCGUUUUGGACACCUGUUUGUGGACUGGCCUCACAAAGCUGAGAGUAAAUCUUAUUUCCCCCCCAAAGGGUACGCCUUCCUGCUGUUCCAGGAUGAGAGCUCAGUGCAGGCUUUGAUCGAUGCCUGCAUCGAGGAGGAUGGGAAGCUAUACCUCUGUGUGUCCAGCCCCACCAUCAAAGACAAGCCGGUCCAGAUCCGCCCGUGGAAUCUGAACGACAGCGAUUUUGUGAUGGACGGAUCUCAGCCUCUGGACCCGAGGAAAACUAUCUUCGUAGGAGGUGUCCCUCGUCCUCUCCGUGCAGUGGAGCUGGCCAUGAUCAUGGACCGCCUGUACGGCGGGGUUUGCUACGCUGGCAUCGACACAGACCCUGAGCUGAAAUACCCCAAAGGAGCAGGGCGGGUCGCCUUCUCUAAUCAGCAGAGCUACAUUGCUGCUAUCAGUGCUCGCUUUGUACAGCUGCAGCAUGGAGAAAUCGAUAAACGGGUGGAAGUGAAGCCAUACGUGCUGGAUGACCAGCUGUGCGAUGAGUGCCAGGGAACUCGCUGCGGCGGGAAGUUUGCACCCUUCUUCUGCGCCAACGUCACCUGUCUGCAGUACUACUGCGAGUACUGCUGGGCGGCCAUCCACUCACGCGCAGGACGAGAGUUUCACAAACCCCUAGUGAAGGAGGGAGGCGACCGGCCCCGUCACAUCUCCUUCCGCUGGAACUGAGCGGACGACAGAGAGGGAGAGGCAACAGGGGAGCAGGAGGGCAGGUAGUGCAGGAGUCGCAAAUCAUUGUACAAAUAAAUGCACUUUUCUGUUGCUGGUUCCUUUUUGCUCUAAUUUCAACAAACCUUUUUCUCAUUUUUUUUUUUAAGUUAAUAUAUAUCUAUAUUUUGAAGAUAGAAAAGAAAAACUGGAAUUGUAUCCAAAUAUGUCCAGCAAGGAAAAAAGAUGUGUAACAUAAUUUUAUUUAUGCGUUUUGAUUUUUGAAAUAUUUUUAUUAGUUCUCAAAAAAAUGCAUAUAUAGGAAAGUUUGAGGUGUGAUAUGGUACUCUGCUAUUCAAUUGACAUAUUUUUCUUAACAGUGUAUUUGAUUUUAAUUUUGAUACAAGAGGCCCCGAGACAAAUCCUCUUCAUUUGACAUUUGAUUGACUUAUUUUGUAGCAGAGCUGUUGCUUUAUAUUCUGUGAAUCUCCGGAGCAAACGCUAUUGAAACAGGAUAUGAUUGGCUAUUUAUUUCUGAGAGGUUAAUACAAGAGGCUCCAGAGCAUAUGUGAAUUGAAAAAGGUGUUGCUAAAGAAGAGUGCACUUAUUUCAAGUUCAAAGAGUGCAGAUAAACAGUAUACGAGACCCUUAGUUGUUAACCAAAGCUGAAUCGUAAUUAACUUUGAAGAACAGAGAGGGCCCACUGCAGAACGAAAUGGACUCUUUUUCCCUCCCAGAUCAAAAUGUUUGAUCCUCUCUUUUUAUGAUUUUCCGAGACCAUACAAAUAUUUUGAUGUUACUUGAAAAUCGCGACAAAAUUUUAGCAACACACAUUUGGGUUUUGAUCUCCAUUUUGACAUGCAAAAACUAAUACCUCAAACUCAGCUGCUAAUGUGCCGAAUACAGUUUAAAGAAAAAAAAAAAAGCAAGAAAGAAAACAUCAACACCCGCUGGUGUUCUCCUUUCCUUAGAACUAUAAUCAAAGGGAAGUGAUGCAACUGGCAGAGUGUGAUGUGACUGGCACAGUUUUGUACUCACUUGCUUCAUCACCUCCUUAUUUUUGUAAUCAAACCCAGGGUUGUGCUAGGGACGGAGCAGAGCAUCGUACAGUACAGAGUGUAUUAGGGGAAUGUAUGGCGUAGGGAGGCUACAGGAGAGACAGGCUUACUGUUUGAAGAGACAAGUCCAACCCCCACUCCCCCCCUCCUCAUGUCUGCCUGCGGCCUCUACUGCUAAGCUAGCAGCUAACUGAGAGUAGGGCCUCAUUCGUGGAUCGAGAUCCCAGCUGCACACAGCGGGGUUCGGAUCCAGAUCUUUCAGGACUGAGGUUAAGGUAACUCCUCGAGAAAAGGCUGGUUAAGUGAUCACCUUUUUAUUGCAGUUUUUUAUGGGGCUACCACCAAAAUGGGAAAUGCCUGUCUUUGUUAGUUUAAAAAAAAAAAAAAAAUGCAUUUGUGCAAUUCUCCCAAGUCUUUAAUGAAAAAGCUCUACUUCGCAUCCAAGAGUCGGCUACAUUUUAGUGAGAGAAGCAAUUAAAGUUUAUCUGAUUUCCGAAUCGUCAGCACACGUUUGAGUCAUGGAGGGAUCUGCCCUCUAUCCUUUCUCCUGCCAAGCUAAUCCAACUCAGCAUCCAGUGUUUUUGAAGCAUAAAUGAAGAUAGUCUCUGCAGUGUGCUCUACUACUACAUACUUGUGACCCACAUGCAGUUUGCUCUUGAUAACAAGAUUGCAGGUCCAGUAGGUUUCACCCAGUGGCUUUUUUUGGGAACCAAAGAUGGCUGUGCAGUAGUGGGUCAUACUGUAGCUCAUUUCCUGUUUAGGUUUUUUAUUCUUAUUUUCUUUCUUUCUCAUUUCUUCAAGGAUGUUUUUCUUCUUUUAAAAAAAAAAUCUGUCACUUCUACCCAGUUUUGCUUAACUGUUAAGCCCUGAUGGACUCCAGCAAACCAAAGAUUGGCCUUGAACAUGAUAUAUUUAUAUAUAUACAUAUAUAUAUAUUUGACAGUGCAGUCAAAACCCAUUAGAACACCAGUGGAAAAACAACAGGGCUUACAGACAGACACACACACACACACACACACACAUACACACUCACACACAAGGCCUCACACUCUCCAUAGCUCAAAAUGGAGGUGUCCGCUCAUAGGCACUAGUUUUUUUUGUUUUUUUUUCUUUAAAAAUCUCAAAUAGGUCUGCGCGUUUGGGAAAAUUAACAUAAAGUGGACAUUCACGCGGCGAAAGUAAAACUAAUCCUCACAUUUGUUUGACGUCUUAAGUCCUACUAGCCGAGCAUUUAAAUAUGUCAGGGAGUUAGUAAAGAAACUUGAUUACACAACACACACUAGUGAAAAAAAAACGUAUCCUCAUAUCGGCGUGGUGUCGUUGCACCAGUUUUGCACCCUGGACAUUAGUUUUGUGGGUGUGGUGGGUGAGCAUUUUAGAAGUUAAAACACUUUGUGAAGAAUUUGCUGUUAAAUGAGAUGAAAAAAAAAGAUUAUUUUAUACAUGGCCUGCUGAUUUUUGGUACAGUGUUUUCUAGCUAAAUUAUUUUGUCAUGCACAUAUAAACAUUUAUUAUGCACUACUUUUCUAAAUAUUUUUUCUUUUUCCAACAGUCAUUUUAGGCACAUUUUUCACAAAUGGGGAAACUCCUUUUUGCAAUACCUCAAUUUUUCACAUUGUGAAAGGUAGCUUUUGUACUUUUGUUACUGAAAGAUCUGCAUAUAUGGAAAUGUUCAUUUUAAGAAAAAAAAAGUUGAGUGAUUUCAAUAUAUAUUAUUUUCAAUUAUGCUUUUUAUACAUUUCAGUGCUGAGGAAUCUUUACAACUAAGUGCGCACUUGUGUUGAUGCGACUUCAGAUCUGCAGAGGAGAGACCAAAGUGUAUCGCUCUCUUGGUCUAACCUUUUCGUACACUAGAUGUUUCCAGUCAAUCUGGUCAAAUAACAGCAUGGCGAGAAAAAAAAAUAUACCAGUUGUAAUUUGAAAUUGAUGUUAAUGUCUCUAAACAUGGCUAUACUAGUUGGAAAAUGGUAACUUCUGUCUUGGUUUCCUCUCCAUAGAUGGAGUAUAACUUAUUAUAAGGAGAAUGCAAAAUUUGGCUCACGCUUAACGCUGAAUCUCGUAUCACAAGAAUGGAUGUUUGGUGUUUAGAUAUUUUAAUAUUUGAAAAAAAAAAAGUAUAUAUAUAUAUAUUCUUGAACUUGCCAACUAGCACCUAUUAUAAUCCUUAGCAUGCAUGA